AUGAGCAACCCGCCUCAAGUCCACGAUCUGAUGAUCGUUUUCGACGCUGUAGCAGGCGGGGCUGCCGGUGUCACGGCGUUGAAACAGGCCAUUACCGAUAUCAUCAACUUCGUGUCUCUCUCUGACUGCUUUGAGCGCAUUGGAGUCCUAGCCUAUCGAAAUUAUCCUUGUGCUGCUGAAUUAAUUACAGAGUGGUCAGGAUGGUGCAAACCUUGUCUUAAAUCCGGCUUUCUAAGUGCAGACCAGAUACUCAAAUUCGUUGAACAUUUACAGAUGCCGACUGUUGGCUCUGCGUCCAAACCAAAUUGCGCUUCCAAAGCGGCCCUUGCCAAGGCGUAUCUGGAGAUGGGAAUUAACGGCACUAUCAUCCUUCUUUAUGCCCAUGAUCCUCCCAUGCUGGGGCUGGAGCAUAUCAGUGGAGCUUAUUACAAAGUAGAGCAGGAGUUCCUCCCCAAAAAAUAUGGUGAACUAGGCAACUGUUUCAAGGAUUGGAUUAAUGGUGCCCAUCUUCUCGCGGGCAUUGCAUCGGUUCCGUCGGGUACUACCAAGAAAGCUGUGGUACUUUCUUUCGCCCUUGGAUCCGCUGACAACCUCAAUGACGACACCAGCUAUUGGAGCCCAUAUCUCUAUCUGUCCGCCGUGACAAAUGGCAAUUUCUUUCGUACGAUAUACAGCGGUAGAAUCAUCUUUCGACUCACUAUAGGCCUGCUUCUCUUUUGGAUGGGGGCUGAUGGGAAUAUCGACAUACCAGAGUCCAUCAGAAUGAACUACAAAGAUGACCCAACCAACGUCGGUGAAGUUUCCGAAGCCAACUUGGCGGGGCUCUGCGGCUCAAACUAUAGCAACGUCACCUCUGAACAGCUGACUAUGCUACGCAACGACUUCCACCUUCUAUAUAGCAGUGUCAGUACCCAUAACGAGCAAGUUAGCAAACUCACAAGCAGAAACGUGGCCAGAAAGUACAUUGAUGGCACUGCAACCUACAAAAACUUCAUCGCAAAACAUCUCAAUCGAAUUAUCAAGACCAAUAUAUCGGGCAUCGCUUUCCAUCCCUUAUACGGGCAGCUUUUUCGCACUGUCUGUGAAGACCAAACUGGCGACAAAUUAAAGACAACCCUCUUGCAAAAGUUCAGAGCCCAGGUCAACCUGAUUCCCGAUGACAAAGACAAGAAGCAAACACAGAAUUGGUUGGAAGAGUCGUAUACCCUUUUCCAUGAGAUCAAUGAGGAGAUCUUAGCUCUUCCUGCACAUCUUCAAUUCCCACUUGUAUAUAUUCCUCCUGAUCAGAGUGAUUCUGGCCUUACUCGUACACAGCUACUCAGCAUGUGGGAGUCGUGCGACAUGGAUACUUUGAAACCUUUAGGUGAUAUUCUAACCCGGGUGCAUCGUGUCGAAGAGAAGAAGGAUAUGCCUGACAAUAUGUCACAGUGGUGGCCUUGCCUGGCUCCUCGGAUCCCCCUUGCACUAAUGGACAAUAAGUACCCGAGCAAGUUCUAG